AUGCCCACUCUUAAAGUGGAUAUUGGAACAAACUGCGAAUCAGAACUUGAUGCCUGUAAAGACAACCCAUGUUACAAAGGCCAGACCUGCACUGACCUGACAGCAGCCCAACAAGGAAACAGUGAGAUAGGAUAUGUAUGUGGGCCUUGUCCAGCUGGAUACACAAACUACAGUGGCAAAUGCAUAGAAUACAGCAGCAAAAUAAAGCUUAGUGAUAAUACAAAAUUAAGUCUUUUAAUAAUAUCCCCAGAUGUUGAUGAAUGCACUGACCCCAGUAGAUGUGAAAAUUACUGUAACAACACAGAUGGUGGCUAUGAAUGUAGUUGUAGAGAAGGUUUUGUUCUUAACAGAACAGAUGCUAAGACAUGUUUAGCCAAGAACUGCUCCAACAGAUGUGUGACACAAAACACUUGGUACUGUGAUGAGGGUGUGAGUCAGUGUGUAUGUAAGGAUGGCAUCAAGACACCUGACUGUUCUGUCAAUGUUGACAAGUGUCUGUCCAAGCCUUGCCCAGCUAACCUGAUGUGUGUCAGUACACAGACCAGUUAUGAAUGUCUUUGUCUAAAUGGACAACGCCCAAUCAAUGAUGUUUGUACUGACUGCAACAGACAAUUAACUGAAGUCAGUAGUAAAUUCAUGAGCUCCAACUACCCAGACAACUAUCCCAGUAACCAGUUCUGCACAUGGACCAUCAUGUCCAAUGAUUCACUGGCUAUUAUUUCUUUAAACAUCACAGAGUUUGUAGUAGAAGGCUGCCCGUAUGACUACCUGGAGGUGUAUGAUGGUAGGGAUACAAAUGCUGACCUGAUUGGACAAUAUUGUACUGAUGCACCAGGACUGGUCACCUCUUCAGGAAAUUCUUUGACCGUCACUUUUACAUCUGAUACCUCUAACAAUUUUACUGGAUUUAUUGCUACUUAUGUUAUUGAAAACAAAUGCAAUCUCCUACAGUGUUCACACAGUUGCCAGAUAGUUUCAGUGAAUCCACGAGUUGAAAAAUGUGUUUGUCCUGAAUGGAUGAGGUUGGAUACAGUUUCUAACACACAAUGUGUUGAAAUCAAUGCCUGUAACACAACAGUAACCAGCAGCUCAGGUCUUAUUGUCAGCCCAGGAUAUCCACAGAAAUAUGGUGCCAACACUACCUGUUACUGGACAAUACCUGUGAAUUCUUACUCCACAUUGAGUUUCAGUUUCCUCGACAUAGACAUGGAAGGUGGCUCCACCUGCCCAUAUGAUAGUGUAACAUUUUAUGAGGGCAACACUUCUAGUGCUCCAUCCUUUGUUGUGUGUGGAGUUGCUCUACCAAAAGGUUUCACUUCUUUAGGAAAAGAAGUGGUCGUUGUCUUCAAAACGGAUGGAUCAUUUGCUGGCAGAGGUUUUAAGUUGCAAGUCGGGUAA